UUGACAGUGGAGUGGGGCUCGAUACAGUACACACGGUCGGUCAGUCUGUGUCUUGUGUCAUACCUGGAUACACGCGUAGCUCUCUGCGAUCGGAAUGACGACGGAGGUGGCCAACAGUUCUGUGGCCGGCCUGCCUGUGCUCUCGGUGCGUCACUACGAAGCCCCGCCUCCUGCUAACCUCAACACACAAUUGGUCGAUCCAGAGAAUUCCUUCGCCACCACCAAAGAGGAAGAAUGGGUGACGAAGAAGAAGGUGGAGCUGACCACAAAGCGCCAGAUAGAAACUCGUGUAAAGCGGCAAGUGGUGCUGGAGGAUGGUAAGGUGGUGGAGGACUCCGGACCCAUAGUGACCACCAACACCACAGAGGACACGGAAAAACAGGAGUCCAGUCAGACUGAGCAUAGGCAUCUGGGAGACGACGAGCCGGAUGGAGAGGGAUGGGUGGCAGUGCCGGGUCAGGGGGGCGUUGUCAAGGAGGUGAAGGAGAGGACAGUCAAGAGCAGGGAAGAGAAGGAGGAGAGACUAGAAACGGAAGAUGUCCAGCACCUGGGUGACAUCUCGGAUGAGGCUUACCUGACAGCAAUCCAGAGGCAGAGCAAGGAGGGCGGAGACCUACGUCUGGCCUUGGAGAGGUCAAGAGGCCUAGAGCUGCAGAAGACAGGACAGGAGGGGAGGAUAGUCCACCAGUCGACCCGCACCAAGAGGGUAGUGGACACAGACGACAGCAGACACCUCAGUGAACUACAAGCUGAUGGAAGAGUCGUCACAGAGACAAAGAAGACAACAGAACACGAGGAGGUGAACAACACCGAGGAACCAGAUGACGGAAGAGGCUCGGGUGAGGAGGAAGAGGAGGUACACAAACAAAGCUCCCAGCACUAUACGAAGACCAAGGACCAGGAGUUCGUAGAGUACUUGGCGGACGGCAAGAAGAUAGGUGAGGAGAUGAGAUACGAAGCGGAGAAUGUCGAGGGAGACAGGGAGGGGGAUCCUUCCUUGCUUGCGCAGGAGUGGGAUAGUCUGUCCACGAGGCUGAAGAAGAUGCGACGGACCAAGCUGCACCAACUGCAGAGGGACGGUGUAGCCGGAAUGACUCCGCUGGACAGGAAGGACGCGCUCACCAAGAAGCCCUUGGACUUUGACCAAGAGGAGGAAACGAGGAAGGUGGAGACUUCUAAAUGGUUAGAACAUCAUUUCGGUAGCGAAUCAAGAUCCUCCAAGGACUCUAUAGGAGAUGAUGACGACCUGCCGGCCACAGGGACAUCCACCAGCUUCAUCAACGUGACUAUGAAAUCGACCAAGAACAAAACUAGAAUACCCGAAGUGGACCAUUCUACGCCAAAGUCUUUCAACGUCGGGAACAGUUCUUCAAGGGUGUUCGUUUCAUCUCCUGAAGCGGAAACGCUCCCACCGACCACAUAUUUCCAGGGUAUAAGCGAGUGGAAGAACAGUAAAGAGUACCAACCAGAAAGACCCGCAAGAACUUCAUUCAGUUCACCAAGAGUGGUGAAAGACGGAGUUCAGGUUUUACCGACCGGGCCGAACCACACCUUUUCUCCGUCGAAGUCCUCUCCGAGUCCGCCUUAUCCUUCGUCCAGCCUCGGUUCAAAGAACUUCAGAGGCAGUCAAGGGUCCAAUCUCAACGGAAGGAACAGCUCAGGCCCUGAAAGCUCAUCGCCUUUCCAGUCAAUCACGGAGAAACAUCUCUACAAUCGUUACUACCGUCAUGAACAACCUUCCCCCUCCGGGGAUCGUAACUCAUCGCCACUCUACAGGCCCGAGAGAUCCUCACCUUUCGAGCGAUCUGCCUCUCCCUUCCACACCAAAGUUGUCAAUGGCAAGACCUCUUCAGAGGAGGAACCCCCUAGAAUCAGUUCACCUAGAAAUCACCGACACUUCAAUGGCCAUGACGAGAGGGAUGACGACCGAUAUACGAGUGAUGACCAGAGGGCUAGCAGUAGACUAAUACAGAGCCAGAGGGAGUACCACCAGAGGCUGGAGGAGCCUGCCCCUGACUACUCUCCGCCUUCGCCACGCGCCACUCCCAGUCCUCACCCCCACACUCCACCCCCAGAGGGGAAGAAGAAAGUCUACCAAAGAACAAGGUUCGCCGCCGACAUCCCUCCGGCUCGGACGAAGGCCGCUCAGGGUACGCAGACUCCGCACAAGACCAGCCUGGGCGAGUCCUUCCGGAAGUUCGUAGGGAAGUUCCGAUCGUCCAGUAAGGAGAAGCGGCGGGGGAAGAAGGGUUCGCGCUCUCCUUCUCCCCAGGGUCACACCUACCAGCAGUACAACGUCGUGGACAAUCUGCCAGGAGAGGGGGGAGACGGUCCAGUCGCCCCUCCGCGCCUCGGUCGACACCGGGACUCCGGCACUCAGACUCCGGGCAUGCGUCGAGCCGGGGACCCCGUCGUCACCCGCUACUAUCUGGGUGAGGACCCUUUCGGUGGCAGUAUCUACGGACGUGAACGCGAGUAUGACGGUGUCACCCCCUACAGGCGCAGGCAACGGCGUGGAAGUGAGGACGAUCGAAACGCCAGGAAUCAGCAAAUGUCGACGAAUGGCGUGAGCACCAGCACACUGGGUCGAUUCAGCAAGUCUACAGGACGGCUGGCUUCGGACCGCAAUAACAGUCACGUGAUCAACCACACCAUCGACUACUCCGACAGGGGCGGAGUCCAGACCCUACCGAGGAAACUCAACGACGAACAUAGAGCCAAGAAACAGGUGUUCGUGACGAAGAGUAACGUGGAGAGAGUGUCGUCCUCGCCGCACGGAUGGGAGAGUCAACGCUACACGAAACCGAAUGGCGCGGGCUCUCAUCCGUCUAACUCUAGCAGCAUGAUCAAUGUCUCCAUCGUGAAUAAGACCACACCUCCCUCUUCUGCCCUGGGACCCGCUAAGCCCGCCAGGACCUACAGAUCCUCACUACUGCGGAGUAAGAGUUUCAACGUCCACGGUGGUGAUGUCGGUUUGGACUUCAACUCCGUACACAAGUCCAACCCUCAGCUCCACCGGUUGGACGAGUCCCCUCCACCGCUCAAGAGUCCGGGAAUCGUCACCAGCAUCAGUCGGAGCACGAAAGAUCUCUCGCAAGCCGUAGAAGAGGAAGACUACAGAAGACCUUUCAAUUACAACGAUCAUUCCUUCGCCAAAUCCACGGGGCACGUCAACGGGUACACGAACAGCCGAACGGUGCACGACACGAAGAAGAAGAUAUUCAUGAAGAAUCUGCAAGAUAGAGCGCCCGAGUUGUUCAAGACCUUACAUGGCAGUGAGGUGGAAGAGACCCGAAAGAUGUCACCGGAUAUCGACGACAGACCCGGGAGAUUGUAUACAAGCACGCCGUUAAAGAACGGUAACAGAAUGGUGGAAUACAGCAGCUCUUUCAGAUCCAGCAAUACCAGUUCUCCUCUUGUGAACGGUUCCGAAAGGGUACACUCUCCGACGUCCCCCACCUACACGACCAGCAUCACCCAUACCCCGUCCUUUAGGAACGGCGGGGAAGUCGUCAACAGGAGCGUGGUGAGGAGAGGGAGUAACGAUGACUACUCGGAGACGGUCAGAUUCACCUCCAAGUCCGACGACCCCCUGAGGCCCAGCGUCACCAACACGGUACAAAGCUUCUCCAAAAAGACCGUCCCUGUGAGAGGGGGUCGAGCUAAAGAGACGAUCGAAUCGAGUGAGACGAAAACCAUCACGAAGAGUCGGUACCGCGGCGGCGACUCCGAUCUGAGGUACCUGGAAGGCGCGAAGUACGCCCCCAGAAACGGCGGAGUCGUCAUAGAGGUGCGGAACAAUCCGAAGUAGCUUUAGUUCCAGUCUUGUACAUACUCGUAGAUUAAACCAUUAAUAGGUGUAUUCUAGUGGACAAUAACUCGCAGAAUAAUACUGAGCCGGAGCGUGUAAAGCGUAAUGUAUUCACAAAGUAACACGUGGACGUAUCCAUAUCUUUCACACCUGUCAAGGUCACGAUUGUCGUACAAAUCAAUGCCUCACCACUUCUGACUGAAAGGACGAUUCAGUUGUGUAAAGUUAAGUGAGUAUCUAUGAAACAUAAAUGCCCCACGAAAAUUAUUUAUUUUAAAAUAUUUAAUUACUUAUAAAAUAAUAACUAUUGGUGCUAAUAACGAGUAAUAAUUGUGUCCCUGUGAUUAUGUUGCUAUAAUAAAUGUUGUUUUGUUAUUUACCUACUGUAAUUAUAUUAUUUUGUUGUUUUGUGCCAUUUCCUAGUUUCUAUAGUGUCAUACUACUUGCGAGUAUUUCACACUUCGUAAAGAUUAAAUAAACUUUAUUGUUGUUGUCAUCUUUUGGAAUAAAUUCAUAGAAUAAUAAUACCCUUCAUGCUUAAGACAGAUAUCAGCUUUUUUGCAAUUCAUAUUUAAAUUUUAUUGAUUGUAUUUAAAACCAUUUGUAAAUAUAAAAACAAUAUGUGUUGAAUAUAAAAUACGCAGUAUCACUGAAAUGACAACAUGAUGUCUAAUACUUUGAGCUUUAAUUAUUUGUUUUAGAUUAAUUUUUGUUAUAGUCUGUGUAUACAAUAAUUUAUAAUGUAAUAUUUUUAACAAAAGAAAAUAAAUAUUUCGUCUUUA